GCAGGUCACACGCCCGGUAAAAGCUUCUUAUUUGCUGAGAGGCAAAAGUGACUCGCGCUCACGAAAAAAAUGUUGCUCGGAUCCGGUGAUAGUGUCGCGGUCAAUAUGUAGUUCAGCUUUCUACGCGUUCUUCCAAACGGAGGCUUCGCGAUGAUCUUGACAACCCGCCAACGGUUUGUCCUGGGCAUCGUGGUCUUGCUGGUUGUUGAUGUGAUCUGGGUAGCUUCUUCCGAAGCCACUGAGUAUUUAUUCAAAGGCAAGUCGCAGUUCAAGAAGCCGUACUUCACGACUUACGUGAAGACGUCUUUGUUUACGAUCUACCUGCUGUUUAUUGGAGCAUGUCGUGGGUUCAGUUGUGGACGCAGGGAAAAUCGCGUUCCUGCUCCGCCAAAUUACCGUGCGAUUGAUGAAUCGUCGGGUGAUCAGCUGUCGAGCGAAAACGAGGCCAAUCAGCCGUCAUUGACUGAAUCAGCGUGGGUGCCGACCAGGUAUCAUGACGGAACAAGUGACAGAGGAUCCGGCAUUGACAGCGAUUCCGAUGCUUGGGGUAAAAACUCGGAAGCAAGGAAAAACGUUCGAUUUUCUCGGGUCAGCGAAGUCAGGCAACUCUGUGAUGACAGGGACGAGUCAGCAAAGUUGGCGCGGUUAUCAUAUGAAAUGAGCGCUCGUUUGGAGGAGGCCAAUCAGAGGGUCGUUGCGAAGCUGACGACCAAAGAAGUGUUCAUCUUGGCCUUGAAGUUUUGUCUUCUGUGGUUUAUAGGCCAGUAUUCCUACCAGGCUGCGCUGGCAGAGACAGAGGCAGGCGUGGUGAACGUCUUAUCCUCAAGCUCUGCUUUGUUCACCUUGCUGCUUGCUGCAGUUUUUCCUUCCUCGGACCUCGAUGGGAUUACUGUCACUAAAACUGUGCUGGUGUUUCUCAACAUCAUUGGCAUUGAGCUGCCCCGAGCAUUGGUGAGCUUAUCGGACUUCGCUUUGGAGGACGGCAAGGUGGCAGUUGGCGUUCUUUGGGCGCUGGUCUCAGCGUUGUUCUAUUCCAUUUACCUGGUGACAUUGAGAAAAGAAGCGCAGCACGAGGAUGCGUUGAAUAUGCCUCUGUUUUUUGGCUUUGUUGGACUCAUCAAUGCUAUCCUGUUGUGGCCUGGCUUAGCCGCCUUGCAUUACCUGGAGAUUGAGAAGCUAGAGAUGCCAUCCAAGGACCAGUGGGUUAUUCUGUUGACGAACGGACUGAUCGGAACUGUGUUGGCUGAGCUUCUUUGGCUCUGUACUAGGGGAUGUUUCCUCACCUCAUCCCUGACUGCGACUCUGGGCAUGAGCUUGACUCUACCCCUCACUGUCCUGGCGGACAAAUUGUACAGGAACGUGGACUACCCAACCAUGUUCUUCUUCGGCGCUGGUCCCACCAUGGGCUCAUUCCUGGCUCUAGCCCUGGUGCAGCAACGCGGGUCGGACUGGGACCCAGUGCUGGCAUUUCUCGCCUUCGUCGCGAGCAUUCCGUCGAGGCUGUGUUGCGGAGCACUGGCUCUGUGCUCCUGGUGUUUGCGAGGUGGGAGACGAAGGAGAGCAGCUUGCGGGGACCGGUUGUUGGGGGAAGUGGGUGAUGAGGACUUUGAUGUUGAUGAUGAGAACGGACCUGGUGGGGAAGGCAGGCGGCGGUUCCGGAGGAGCCGGGGGCAGGAGGAGAAGGAUGAGAAGAAUGACGAGAGGUUACCUAUUAUCGAUGCCACGGAUGAUGAUGAGCCCCGUGAUAGUGGAGUCGUUGCGUGAUGAGCGCCAUGUGUGCAAGUGGAGUCGUGAUUUUGGAUUAUACUUUUUUAGUUGCGCUCGUCAAUCCGCGUCGUGAAAAGUUGAAUAAUUUGGUUCGAUCAAAAAAUAGUUCGAUUGGAAAGCAAGCGGGAAUUAGUUGGGAAAUACUCGUUUUUUUUUAUCCGAACUGUGAUUACGUUUUUUUUUUAGUACCCAUUUGUGGAACAAUCGUCGUCGGACCGACUGCGCCAGUAUUUUAUUGGAACGGUUCGGGUCUUCUUUCUUCCAUGUUUCCCCGGUGUGACCCGACCCCUCUCUUUUUUUUUUUUUUGAAGUACAAAAGUUUUGUAACUAAUUAAAAUUAGAGAAGACUGAUCCUAGCCCUGUAUUUUUCGAAGUGGCAAAGCUACUGCAUUCAACAUUGCUCUGCAUAAUUGCUGCCAAGUUCGACAUAUUUUCAGAUAACAUAACGAUGCCUGGUGAUCCAAAUCAUUAGCCUGCAGAUUUUGUUCUACCAGUAGCAGGGAAUCUUAAGGGUAUGUUCUAUGGCCAAAAAAAAUGGAAACAAACUCGAAAAUGGCGAGAGAUCAUUUGGUAGGAAAAGAGAUAGUCUGUAAACAUGAAAACAUCGUUCUUGGGGAUAACUUGUGAACAUAGAAGCGUAGAAGAGGAUGAGUUGCUCUGGUGUUGUUCGAUUAGAAAUUAUUCUCGGACUAGUCCAUUUCAUCUCCCAUUCAAAAUUUGUUGUUCAAUGCUUGCUACGACGUGUGAUUCAAAGAAUGCAACUGAAGGUGUGACUCAAGCACUCAACUUUGUUUUAUGAUUUAGAAAAACGAGAUUUGAAGGCGAAAAUCUAACUUGGAAAAGUUCAUACUGAAUUGUUCUCGAGGGACUGUACAAAAAUUUGACUUGUGGAGGUUUUUGACUUACGGAGGUUUGAUUUAGGAAAGUCUGACUAAAUCUCCGUUUCUCUUUCAGACAUUUCUUUGUAAAAUAUUUCAAUUAUAUUUCAUCACAGUAUAUUUUUAAAUAUUUUAAAUGCUGGUAAUCGAAUCCCGAAAAGGAAUUCAAGAGAAGAUUAUUACUAUUCUUCAUUAACCUGUUGGUUCAUCUGCUGAAAAUAUGUGUCAGCAUUGGUGGGAAUCAUGUUGAAAAAAUGUUGAAUUUAUGAGCUUAUUUGCGUCCAAGAAGAAAUUGAGUUCCUUUCAUGAUUUUCUUUGAACCUCCAGUUCUUAUUUUGAUGUCUUUUUUUGUAUUAAAUUUGUGGCUCGAAUAGUAUCAAAAAAGCAGCUUUUCAUUCGGGAAGUUCAACUUUGAUGAGCGCAUUUUUUGAUUGCUUGUCGGAAAGCUAAUGGAUUGGGGGGUUGGAAGCUUGUGGGAGGCUAUGAUGAAAUACUCUAUUGAAUUUUUUUUUUCUUCGUUGAUUCGCGCUGCUUUUCAGUUUCCAUGAUCAGUCAACUUAUUUGAUGUGUGUGAGAUGGAUCAUGUAUUCGCUUUGACUACGAUGUUUGUCUACGGC